AUGCAAGACGCCACCACUACCGCCACCAGUGCUUCGCCCUCGGCCCGUUCUUCCCCUUCUUGGCCCGCCACCCACCAGAAAACUUCAGAAGCCGACUCCAUUCUCCUUAUCAACCCGCCUCCCGAGGGUCCACACGAUGACAACACCGGUAUCUACGCCUCGCAGGACAUCCGGGACGCGCAGGAUACGGGCAGGGAGGAACCGAUGCCCAUGCCGCCCAUCCCUGACACCCAAGGCGGGAUGGGAGACGACGAUGACCUCAUGUCUGACAUGCGCGCUGGCGGUGGAGAUGGUGGUAGGGAUGGAGCGGACGUGGACAUGGCCUACGAAGACGAGCAGGCGUACUACGACCAAGAGCACGGCGAUAUCGAUCCUCGCCACUACUACACCGAGGAUGGAAGGUAUCAAACCGACCUGCGCGGCUUCACACCCGAGAGCGAGCACGGCGCAGGCGCCAUCACACUCUACCAGCAGCAUGAGGCCAACAACGGGCCCCAGCGCCCCUUCCGCGACCAAGGCCGAACCGACGCGCGCGGGGAGUACGACAUCAACGCAUAUGCCGCUCGGGGAGGAAGGGGGAUGCAGGUGGAUAGCUCGGUGAGAGUGCCGGAUGGAGUUGAGGAGCCGGCUUCGCCGAUGAUGCCUGGUCAUGGUCCAAUAAAUACCGCCCAGUCUAUCCAGUAUCCUUCCCAACCCAAUCCCAACGCCAACCUCAACGGUUCCGGUCCCGGCAAUAACAUCGCCUCUGCCCGCGCCAAAGGUCAAUUCGUCCCGCCUCAUCACGGCCAAAAGAUGAACGGCCACUCCGGCGCCAGCGCCAAUGUCAACGGCCACGCCCAAAGCGGCCCUAGCGGCCCACACGCUUCGAAGAAGGAGCACGUCGAGGUACAGGAGAUUGGAGGUCGGCGGAUCCUCACGAAGCGGGCAGGGAGUAAGCGGGACACGUGCAUGAGUGAGGAGGACGAGGAGCUAGAGUUUGAUGAGCCGGAGCGGGUGCAGGAGUUUGAUCCGACUGCGCCGAUUGUCAAAUUUGAUACCAAGAAGAUGCUGGUGGAAGAAUGGGAGAAGAUCCAGGCUGAGAUUGUGCCUUUCCUCAAGAACUACGUCGAGGAGAAACUCAAGAGCACCUACGACGAGAUUCAAUACGUCACCAACCUCUUUGUGCAGUUGAACGAGGACGCGCGGAAAGACCUGGAAGAUGGAGUCAAGCGGAUCGAAGAGGAGGAGACGAAGCAGGAGGACUGCAGGAAGAUCAUCAUCAAUUUCUCGCGCCAGAUGGAGGAGGUUGCGGCGGUGAUGAGCCAAUUUGGGGGGGCUGUGGCGGCGGCUGCAGCUGGGCGGAAGGAGGUGGGUGGGAGUGCGCCAAAUGAGCCCCUUCCAGCCCAAUCCGGCUAA